GUAGGGUGGCUUGCAGCCAAUCCUCAGGGCAUAGUGGUUAGAGAGACCAGAGCCAGAGCCACAGGGGGAGGGAGAGAGAGAGAAGCUGAGAGAGGCAACUGUAGCUCUGCAAAAGCAAUGCUUGUUAUGUCGGCUUCAGGGAUGAUACUGAGGAAGAGCCAUGUCAAAUCAUGAUUAAAACUAAAGCCUUUUUUUUUUUAAGUUUUUGUGUUCCCUGAAUAUCUAUUUUGACCCUCCUGACAAUUUGUUCCUCUUGUAGUAACUCUGUCUGUCUUCUCUCAUUUGCUCCUUCAUACAUGCAAAAACCAGCACUAUCCUUAUCUCACACUACCAUUUCUGGAAUGCAAAUGCUAGACAGAGACAACUUAGGGUUUCCCAACAACAGCCUUACAGACACUGACACAAAGGGUGAAGCAGUAAACUGUGCAGAGAAACUUGGAUGAGAGUGAAAUGGUGAUGGAGGAAGGGGAGCUGUUGGGGCUUUUUGAUGUUAUGGGUUCACUUCUAGAGGAACCUGGUUGGGCUGAAGUGCACCCAGAGCCAUGCACCGACACUCCAUGGCCUGGUGUUGAGUGUGAGAUUGGUCAAGACCCUCCAAUCUUUCAUGUUACGACUAUUCACAUUGGCCCUGAUGUUGCGACCCCUCCUUGCAAACCUUCUGCUAAAAUAUCAGAUUCCUUGCCCAAACUACCUUACCUGACAACUCUCUCUAUUUUCAAUUGUUUUGUAACUUCACAAGUUACGCUUUCUCCUGCCUUAUUUGGUUCACUUUCUUCCUUGGAGCAUCUAUCACUUCAGUCAAAUCCAUCCCUCUCUGGAGAGGUUCCUCCAAGCUUAGCGAAAAUUUCUGGGCUAAAGGUCAUAAGCUUGUCCCAGAACAAUCUACAAGGAAAUAUCCCUCGCGAACUUGGUGGAUUAGUCAACUUGGAGCAACUUGACCUGAGUUACAACAAUCUGAGUGGUGAAAUUCCUGAAGAUAUUGGAGGACUGAAAAGUUUAACCAUUUUGGAUUUAAGCUCGAAUGGCCUUGAAGGGCCGGUGCCAUUUUCAUUGGGUCAGCUUCAACGUCUUCAAAAAGUUGAUUUGUGCUCAAACAGGCUUCAUGGACGGAUACCUCCAGAAUUUGGGAAGCUAAACAGGUUGGUUUUGCUUGACUUGAGCCAUAAUUUCAUCAAUGGGCCAAUCCCUGAGACUCUCUCAGGUUUGGAGCAGCUACAGUAUUUAAUAUUUGAUUACAACCCCAUAAAUGCACUGAUGCCUUUAUUUGUGGGGUCCCUCAAGAGGCUUGCAUCAAUCAGCUUUUCCGGAUGUGGGUUAAUGGGCCCAAUACCCAACUCCUUGUCUUCAUUGAAGAAUCUGACUGCCCUUUCUCUAGACAACAACAGCCUCACAGGGACAAUUCCUCCAAGUUUAGGGUCACUUCCAAAUCUAGACCAGCUUAACUUGAGUCACAACAAGCUAAGUGGGGAGUUACUACUCUCAGAGGAGUUCAUUAAGAGACUUGGGAAAAGGUUGGAUGUUAGAGGAAAUAGUAGGCUAUGCACAAGCUACCAGCUAUCCAGGAAGAACAUCUCUACUUAUCUACAAACCCCAGCUUGCUUGGACACAGAAGGAAUAGUUGACAACAGGACUUGUCCUGAAGAACAACCGGAUGAUUUCAAGGGCAGGAAGCCAUAUUGGUACUAUGGCCAGACGAGUUCACGUGCUCCUUUACAAGAUCCACAGUUCAUUUCAACUUGUUUUGUUCUUUUUCACGUGCUUUCCUUUUUGUAAACAUUUCUAAUAUUUUGUCAAAAUAUAUUUUGUCCUAUGAAAACUAAACUAACCCAAAAUUGAUUAUGAAAAUGAAAAAACUAUAUAUGAUGUUUGGUAUGGGCAUUGAUGGGUCAUUUUCCUGCUGGAAAGAUGGACAGCCUAGGGUACCAAGUUGGUGAAAAUUUGCAGAAAGGCGUUUACAUCAGUGGUUGAGGUGAAGUUACAUGAUAUGGGGCCGAAAAGUUUUGUAUCUGGCUCUAUCUAUCUAUCAUGGUAUCCAGUGACAAAGCUCCAUCUCUGAUUGCUGGUUCAUCUGUAGCAGCCUUUCAGAAAGAGAAGCAAAAGUGAGUCGGAUUUGAUGUUUAAUUCAACUGCAUUUUAGCCUUUUUCACAGGGAAAAAGGAUAUGGCUCUCUGUACUUGAUCUUUAAGAGAAAUAUGGAUGGAGGGUAAUGUCUCAGGAUUAUUUAACAGCCCUGCUGGAAAUAGCUAAAGCAUCAUUGUCCUCCUGGAUUCAAAUGGACCACAGUCACUUUUUCACUCUGUUAACUAACUACGAAUAUUUGAACCAUCCAAUAAUAGCAACUGCUAUGGUAUUUGCUUACAACUUCUAACAGUUAUUAUGGGUUCA